CCCAGGCUAGAGUGCAGUGGUACAAUCUUGGCUCACUACAACCUCCACCUCCUGGUUUCAAACAGUUCUCCUGUCUCAGCCUCCUGAGUAGCUGUAGCUGGGAUUACAGGUGCACACCAACACUCCUGGCUAAUUUUUUGUAUUUUUAAUGGAGAUGGGGUUUCACCUUGUUGGCCAGGUUGGUCUCGAACUCCUGACCUCAGGUGAUCUGCCUGCCUCAGCCUCCCAAAGUGCUGGGAUUACAGAUGUGAGCCACCGCGCCCAGCCUUUCGUUGGAGAUUUUACUCAUGAAAGGGACAGUUUUUUUUUUUUUGAGAGGGAGUUUCGCUUUUGUUACCCAGGCUGGAGUGCAAUGGCGCAAUCUCGGCUCACUGCAACCUCCGCCUCCUGGGUUCAGGCAAUUCUCCUGCCUCAGCCUCCUGAGUAGCUGGGAUUACAGGCACACGCCACCAUGCCCAGCUAAUUUUUUUGUAUUUUUAGUAGAGACGGGGUUUCACCAUGAUCUCUUGAUCUCGUGAUCCACCCGCCUCGGCCUCCCGAAGUGUUAGGAUUACAGGCUUGAGCCACCGGGCCCAGCCAAAAGGGACAGAUUUUUAUUUUGUUAACAGGGGGUUGCCAUUUAGUCAUAUCAUCAAAGUAAAGUUGAUAUUUUUGGACCUGCUGAUCAGUUGUCGUUGUUUGUUGUUAUUGUUGUUUUGAGACAGAAUCUUGCUCCGACACCCAGGCUGGAGUGCAGGUGCCCACCACCAAACCUGGCUAAUUUUUGUAUUUUUAGUAGAGAUGGGGUUUCUCCAUGUUGGCCAGGCUGGUCUUGAACUCCGGAUCUUAAGUGAUCUUCUGCCUUGUCCUCCCAAAGUGCUGGGAUUACAGAUGUGGGCCACUGUGCCUGGCCUCAAUUUGUUUUAAAUAGUUGACUACUAAAUUAUCAUUAAGUGUAGUCAAGUAUUAUAUAUUAUAUAAUGAAGACUGAUCUGAUUUUUUUGUCUAGUCUGAAUGCCAAGGCCCCUAGCCACCAAAAAUCACUGACAUCAGGCAAAUUGAUUAAUGGGAGAAAAGGCAUACACGUUUAUGUAAUGUGUAUACAGGAGCCUUCAGAAUGAAGACAUGAAAACAGGAAAUUGUCCAUUUUUAUGUUUAGUUUUGUCAAAGUAUGGGCAGCACGUAGAAAUAUGAUUGGACAAAAAAGGAUAAUUAACUGAAUGGGGAAACCCAGCAAGCCUGUCUGUCUAGGUUCUUCUCGGCCUCUCAGAGCAUGCAUUCUUUCCUUCUAGGUGUAGGGCAGGACCUGUUGUGGAAUGGAGGGUCUUUUGACCUACAGUCAAAGAGAGUUGUAAUUGUUCAGUAUGUUCCCACUGACCGAGGAAAGCAAGCGUGUGGCCCAGUUGUUGCUCAAUACUGGUACUUGUCCAAGAUGUAUCUUCAGAUUCUGUGGUGUGGAUUUUCAUGCACCUUACAAACUUCCAUACAAGGAGUUGCUCAGUGAACUACAGAAAUUUCUGGAAACUGAAAAAGAUGAAUUAAUUUUGGAAGUUAUGAACCCACCUCCCAAGAAAAUUCGACUGCAAGAACUGGAAGAUAGUGUUGAUAAUCUAAGUCAGAAUGGAGAGGGAAGGAUUUCUGUCAGUCAAGAUGGAAGCAUUGCUUCCAAGAUCUCAAAUUUAAAUGUAUGUAAUAUAUGCCUAGGAAUUCUUCAAGAAUUCUGUGAGAAAGAUUUCGUUAAAAAGGUGUGCCAAAAGGUUGAGGCCUCUGGGUUUGAAUUCACCAGCUUGGUAUUUUCAGUCUCCUUCCCACCACAACUAUCUGUAAGAGAGCAUGCUGCAUGGUUGCUGGUAAAACAGGAAAUGGGAAAGCAGAGUCUGUCGCUGGGAAGAGAUGAUAUAGUUCAGCUAAAAGAAGCCUACAAAUGGAUAACUCACCCCCUGUUUUCAGAGGAAUUGGGUGUUCCCAUUGAUGGAAAGAGCUUGUUUGAAGUGAGUGUGGUCUUUGCUCACCCAGAAACAGUUGAGGAUUGCCACUUCCUAGCUGCAAAAUGCCCAGAUUGUUUUAAGCCAGCCAAAAACAAACAGUCUGUAUUCACUAGAAUGGCAGUUAUGAAAGCCUUGAAUAAGAUAAAAGAAGAGGAUUUCCUUAAGCAGUUUCCUUGUCCUCCAAACUCACCAAAGGCUACAUGCACUGUUCUUGAAAUUGAAUGUGCUCAUGGUGCUGUUUUUGUGGCUGGGAGAUAUAAUAAAUACUCCAGGAAUCUACCACAAACUCCUUGGAUAAUUGAUGGAGAAAGGAAGCUGGAAUCUUCAGUGGAAGAAUUAAUUUCAGAUCAUCUGUUGACAGUAUUCAAAGCAGAGAGUUUUAAUUUUUCAUCCUCUGGAAGAGAAGAUGUAGAUGUGAGAACAUUAGGAAAUGGAAGGCCCUUUGCAAUUGAGCUGGUGAAUCCUCAUAGAGUACAUUUCACUUCACAAGAAAUUAAGGAACUUCAGCAGAAAAUUAAUAACUCAUCUAACAAAAUCCAAGUACGUGACUUGCAGCUUGUCACAAGAGAGGCAAUAGGCCAUAUGAAAGAAGGUGAAGAAGAAAAGACAAAGACCUACAGUGCCUUAAUAUGGACAGAUAAAGUGAUACAGAGGAAAGACAUUGAAUUCCUGAAUGACAUAAAGGACUUAAAGAUUGACCAGAAAACACCUUUGCGCGUUCUUCACCGUAGGCCCCUGGCUGUGCGAGCUCGCGUCAUUCACUCCAUGGAGUCGCACUAUGUGGAUGAGCACCACUUCCGCCUCCACCUGAAAACUCAGGCCGGCACCUACAUUAAAGAAUUUGUACAUGGAGACUUUGGGAGAACCAAGCCAAACAUUGGGUCCUUGAUGAAUGUGACUGCAGACAUUCUGGAGCUGGAUGUUGAGUCUGUAGAUGUUGACUGGCCACCUGCUCUGGAUGACUGACUUUCAAAUUUGGAGACAAAGAGUAGGGUUUUCCUGGUAUGAUGUGGACAUCCAUGGAGCACAUGCCAUAAAAUGGCUGUUUACCUACCAUAACAGUGUCUUGGAAACCAUUUGGAUCAUGUUGAUCUAUAUAUUUUUUAAUUUGUUGUAACAUCUCAGGAUCUAUAUAUGUGUAUAUUUUGUGUUAAAUUGUUCCAAGGAUGUCUUACGAUUUUUCUCAUUCCCUAUCUCACCCCCCCACAAACCAAACUAUAAAUAAUGAAAUAAUUCCCCUUAAUUCUUUCAUUUAGAGAGGUAUGCAAACAGGACACAUUCUCUAUUAACCUGAGAAGCUGUAAUUUCAGCAAGAUUUCCCUCCACAAGAGACUUACCACCUUUAAAAUCAUGUUCUAAUUUUUUUAAAUUAUCUGAAUAAAAGGUAUAUCUAGAUUUAUGCAGCCUAAUAUCCUAUAAUAUUCUAAGAUAGCAAAUGCAAAUCUGACAUUAUUAUUUUUCCCUGGAAGCCUCAAACAAGCUAUUACCAAUGAAGUACUUUUGGCUGUGAUUUGUUACAAAUCUUAAUGACCUCAACAGUUACUCUUUUGACCAUCUGAAAUUGUCACUACAUUUUUCCUUUGGAGGGAAAGGGAAACCGUAGGAAGAGGCAUGCCAUGGUAGGAGCCUUUCAUAAAUCUUUUAAAUAAAGAGAACAAGUGCCUUUGAUAACUCCAAUCCCAGGGUGAAGAAUUUGAAAACUGAGAUUGCUAAACAAAGAUAAACUGAUAUUAUUUCAGAAUGCUUCAAUAUAUUAUCCAAUUAUAAACAUUUUAAUAAUACCUUAUUAAAGUAGAUAGGAUAUUGUCUCCAUUUUAUAAGUAUGGAAACCAAAGACUAGAAGUUAAAUGACUUGUCCAAAAUUGUUAGCUACUUCCACAUCUAUGACUAGAACAGAAGUUUCUUGGUCUCUAGGGUCUUUUUUUUAAAAAUAGAGUUUUGCUCUUGUUGCCCAGGCUGUAGUGUAAUGGCAUGAUUUUGGCUCACUGCAAACUCCACCUCCCGGUUCAAGUGAUUCUCCUGCCUCAGCCUCCCGAGUAGCUGGGAUUACAGGCAUGCACCACCAUGCCUGGCUAAUUUUGUAUUUUUUAGUAGGGGCAGGGUUUCUCUAUGUUGGUCAGGCUGGUCUCGAACUCCCAACCUCAGGUGAUCUGCCCGCCUCAACCUCCCAAAGUGCUGGGGUUACAGGUGUGAGCCACCAUGCCCAGCCUGGUCUCUAGUGUCUUUCUAAUAAGCCCUAUUAUUGAGCACCUGUUUGUGUAAAGGGGGCAGCUAGGAAUGCCAUUUAAAUUCAUGUAAUAAUGAGAAUUGACUUUUGGAAUGUAGAUACCAAAUCAAAGAGCUUACCAAAAAAUAGCCCAAGACUAUUUCAUACAAUCUUAUAUAGUUACCAUUUGUUAUUGAGUUAAACCUCAGUUGGUAUUAUGAAGAGGAAAAACAUUAAAUAAACUAAACCUAAAGAAAAUGAAUGGGUCAUUAAGUUUCAGAAAGGAGCCUCAUUACAAUUUCAGAUUUGAGUAUAAUUUUAUCACCCUAAUUCAAUUAUUUGAGCUUUUUUUAAGAAUACAUGAGACUUGACUAAUAUUAGAUUACUCACCAUUUCCCAUCUCUAUAUUAAACAUAAAUCACAGUUAUCAAGAUCCACUUUAGAUAUGAGGAAAAUGGUUUUAAUGGACACAAAGGAGUCAGCCUACCACGUUGAAACCAUGUGUUUGAUAUGCAAAUAACAGCAAAUAAUUUUUUCACUAUUUUCAAUGCCAGAAAAUGAGAAAAAGAUAACAAAUAAACUUUUGAUAAAAAGGUAAGAAUUUCUGUAUGGAUGUUCUGUUUCUGGGAAAAGUUUGCAACAAAAGAGAUUUAAAUAAUUUAGGAGGCAGUCUUUUGUGUGGUAUUUUUAGCUUAGCUUUGAAUCCAGUGGACCUGCAUGCAAUAUGUAAGAAUCAAGAACGUUCUUAGCAAAGUGAAAUGAGAAGACUUCUAUUUCUUAAAUUUCUAUUCCUGAGAUUAUACAAAAUUUCAAGCAAAGAGUAAGCAUUAGUUGUAAAUACUUCUUCCAAAUGUUCAUAGAAUUUUGAGACUAUGAUUUUUAAAAAUUAAUGUAUGUCUGUUUUAGGCAGAACUGGGAAUAUUAAGUAGUGAGAAUACUAUAGUUUCCUUUUUGCCUAUACAAAAGGAAUUUAAAAUUA